CGUUUUAUAAUAGAGUAGAAACAUAACUAUUUUCCUUAACACGCUUAGCGAAAAUUAGCGUAGAGUAAAUUAUGAAUAUUCUGUAUCUUAAACAACCAAUUACAAGACAUCAGUACGUUUUUAAUGAGCAUGCCAUCAAUAUACUAAAAAACCGCUUUCGUAUUUAUUUGAAUCGAUUUCUAGCAUACAUCAGAACAUACAAUCCUAUAUUAACUGAUGAACAGGAAUUUGAAUUUGCAAUAUUUUUAAAAACCCUUUUUAAAUUGAUAGUACUUGUCACUGAGUGCGAAAAAAAAGAUUCAAUUUUAAACGAAAUAGAUAACAUGAGUAGUUCAUUUAUUUGUCAUGUAUUGCUUUACGAGAAAUGUCGUGAAUUUUUCGGGCUCACAUUGGAGAUAGACAGAGUAAAACUCGAAGAAAUAGAUUGGUCACUUGAUUCGUGGGGAAAGAAUUACUGGAGAUUUCUGCAUGCUUUAUCAAUUAUUUUACAAUAUCAUUACGAAAAAAAAUCAGUCAGGUCACUCCACAAUUAUUUAGCUGCGCUUCUGUUAAACUUUGACUUAGUAUUACCUUGUAGUAAUUGUCGAUAUAACUAUAAGAAUCAAAAUCCAUUAAUAAAUGUAUCGCUACCCCUUAUUUAUAGUGAAGAUGCAAUUUUCAUGGUUUACAGUUUACAUAAUGAUGUACGCUCAGUAAGUGGCAUUGACAAAUAUUCUUUUAACCAAUUUCUUCAUGAUUGGGGUAUUCAAAUAUCCGCUUCAAAUGUGUCAACAUUGGAUGCCAAAUAUUUACUAUAAUAUGAUAUGUUCAGUUAUUAUAUUCCCGUGAGACAAAGUUUCUAUUAAAAUCGGUAUAUAAUAUUUUAUGUGCAAAAAAAUUUUUAUUUCAAUUGACAUAAAACAAUAUUGGCACAACAAAGCUAACUAAUAACCGGCUACUGAUUUCUUACCUACUGGAUCAUGGCAAAUGCAUUAGUCAUAAAAUAUAAAGAUAGUAUACGAUUCUAAAUUCUUGUGAGCUUUUCAUACUAAAACUCAUUCUAGUACAGAAUAUGAUGAUUUAUCCGGGAAAAAUGACAUAAAAUGUUAUUU